AUAACGUUUUAACGCACGCAACUACGCGUUAACUAUGAAACUGUCGACAUGUUUGUUUAUCAUAAGCUCUUCACUGUUAUUAUCCUUAUAUGGAGUUAUUGUGGCUGAAGACAAAGCUUUAGAGUCGUCUACUUCUGAUAUUGAUGAAUCUAUAGAUAACUUGGUAUCAGGCGAAUCAGAGAACUCAUCAGAGAAGGUAUCAGACGGCAAUAAAAGACAAUACAAUGGUCCAGGGAGACUUGAAGUGUCUCCAGUUAGCCACUUGAUUGAAAGACCUGUACAUCACGUCCAUUUUGUACCAAAACCGUAUCCAGUGUUAUCAGUACGAUACGUUCCUAAACCAGUAGCUGUACCCUACCCAGUCCCGACCACAUAUGAUAUCAGACAUGUACAUAUCAGAGAUCAUGUACACAAUGCCCCCUGUCAGAAUAAAGCCAUAUAUGUCAAACUACCACACGACUAUUUCUGCAUCUGCCCCAAGUUAUUCAAGGGACGCACAUGUGAAGCACGUGAUUACUGUUCGUCCAACCCUUGUCUUAACCGUGGUACAUGUGUCGAGGCGACCAACACAUUCCAGUGCAUCUGUCCAGCUCAAUACCUUGGGAUCGUGUGUGAACGUCGCCAUCGCUGCAAACCAAAUCCAUGCAAAAACAAUGGGCAAUGUUCAUUAAUCGCUGACGAACAAGGAUUCUUGUGUACUUGUCAAGACGGUUUUAUAGGAGAUCGCUGCGAGAGUUUAAAUCGGUGUUAUCCUAAUCCCUGUAAAAACGGUGCCACAUGUCAGCGGAUUGGCAACGAAAAAUACCAAUGCAUAUGUCCRAUAGAUUUUAAGGGAACGUUAUGCACAGAGCCCAAGAAGUGUUUCAACAGUCCAUGUCAUAAUGGUGGUACUUGUCACGAGACUGACGUUGGCUAUAAAUGUACCUGUAGGAUUGGCUAUGUAGGACGCARCUGUGAAAAGCAUGUUUGUAAGCCGAACCCAUGCUACCACAUGGGUGUAUGCAAAGUACACUCUGGUCACUAUUACUGUGUAUGUCCCGCUAUGUACAAAGGAUACCGUUGUGAAAUUCCAAACCCAUGCUAUACCCGUCCAUGUCUCAACAAUGGGGUCUGCGUUGACUCGUACAGCGGUUACAGCAUAUACCCAGAUAAGUGGGACAUAGGAUAUCUCAACUACUUGUGUUUGUGUCSRCCUGGGUUUCUUGGCGCCAACUGUGAAAAGGAUGUCUGCAAAGUCUGUGACGUCAAUGCCAAGUGCAUCAAUAACACGUGCGUAUGUGUGGACGGUUUCGUUGGUAACGGGUUCCACUGCAAAAAAAUUCCACAUCCAUGUCAUCCUAAUCCAUGUAAGAACAAUGGAAUCUGUAAAGAGCUGGACGGCGGACAGUAUGACUGUACUUGUCAAAAUGGAACAACUGGACAACAUUGUGAAGUAAAGGAUCCUUGUUUCCCUAACCCAUGCCAAMAUGGCGGCAAGUGUUUCGUUGCUGGGGGUAUUCCAAGAUGCAUUUGUGUACACGACCAUACGGGACGUUUUUGUGAAAUUGUGGUCGACCCUUGCUCCAGCACCAAGUGUGAGAACGGUGGAACCUGUGUCAAUGAUCAAGGAAAAGCUGUGUGUAGAUGUAAAGGACAUUUUACUGGACCCACAUGUAAAGAAUGCUCGUGUCCCAAGGGUGACAAGAGCAGUAAUCCACCAAUUUACGCGCAGUCCUGUGAUGAGGUGGGAGGAUGUGURUGUCCUGAUGAAAUGAGUCUUGUUGWCAAAGGCUGUAGUAAAAAAGAAUUUAAUCCUUGUAAGCCGAAUCCAUGUCAAAACGGUGGAACAUGUAGGGGGAAAGUAGGCUCCAAAGACUACUAUUGUAUAUGCACUGAAGACUGGACGGGAGUCAAUUGCCAAACACCUGUUUGUCCUGYUGAUUACUGUAAAAAUGGCGGUACUUGCCAACCACGUGACCACAAACCGUACUGCAUAUGUCCAACUGGUUUUACUGGUUCGCGGUGUGAAAUUCUUAUAAAGAAGCCUACAAAAGAUGUCUGUCACCCAAAUCCAUGUUUGAAUGGAGGCACAUGUUCACCAAUCAAUGGCAGUUAYGAUUGUAUUUGUCAUGUGGAGUACACAGGUCCUCAUUGCGAAGUCGAUAAGUGCGCCAAAUGUGAUAUCCAUGCUGUCUGUAUUAAUGGCAAGUGUAAGUGUCGCCAUGGAUACGUAGGGACUGGUUUUGAGUGCGUCAAAGAUCGUAUCACGUGUCACGUUGUUUGUCCGCAAUACUCUUCAUGUGUUAACGGUGCCUGCCAAUGUUUCCCUGGUUACACCAUGAACAACAUCAACCAGUGUAUCCCUCCACCACCACCAUGUUCCCCACCCUGUCCAGAAUACGCGACCUGUCAACUUGGAACAUGCCACUGUGUACCUGGGCUCAUCAUGUCUGGAAACAGAAGAUGUACACUGCAAUCGCCAGUGCAUGCAAUUGAUACAGCGCCAUCACCGUCUCCACUCCCUCCCCCGCCGUCACCUAAGCUACCUCCCCCUUCGAAUUUAGUACAACCAUACAGCUAUGCUUACCAAUCCUCUCUGUCCCCACUCUACCCCUACAAGUACGCCUACGGCAAACGAAGUGACGUUGAUGACAACGACAUGCAUGUGGACCAUUCCUGGAAAAACAGUAAAACACACAGGAAGCAUCGAGGAUAAAUAUUAUUAAUAAUAAUCGAUAACAAAUGUGUAAUGGAUAAACAGUAAAACAGGUAUUAAUGCAAUAAACACUAUGUGACCAAUCAGA